AUGCAUUACCUCCUACACGCACGAUUAUUACUCCAACGGCGGGGGCUCAAGUCCCUAGCACGUGUCUGUCUCCGGUCUAGAGGUUUUGCGACGGUAUCCGGGGACCGGAGUCUGAACCAAGAAUUCGACGUCGUAGUAAUUGGCGGAGGACAUGCUGGAUCGGAGGCUUGCGCUGCUGCGGCAAGAGUGGGCGCAAAAACUGCCCUAGUAACCCAGAAGAUCGACACUAUCGGAACAUGCUCGUGCAAUCCUUCAUUCGGCGGUAUCGGUAAGGGCAUUAUGAUCCGUGAGGUGGAUGCUCUGGACGGAGUCUGUGGCCGGAUAACCGAUAAAGCCGGUAUUCAGUUCCGGGUGCUGAACAGGAGUAAAGGCCCCGCGGUGUGGGGCCCCCGUGCACAAAUUGACCGGAAACUGUACAAGAAGUACAUGCAGGAGGAAUUGAUGUCAUAUCCGAACUUGUCAAUUCUACAGGGUAGUGUUGCGGAUGUGGUUGUAGACCGGGUGCCGGAAGGGCAAAUGAUUGGUAUGGAGGGGCAUUAUGGGAAGAUCACGGGGGUAAGGCUGGAGAGUGGGGAGGUGAUUAAGGCUAGGAAUGUUGUGAUUACUACUGGGACAUUUCUGGGUGGGGAGAUUCACAUUGGAUUGACCGUUUUCCCGUCUGGAAGGAUGGGGGAGGCGGCGACUUUUGGACUGAGCAAGUCUUUGAGAGAAGCUGGCUUCAAAUUGGGUCGUCUGAAGACCGGAACGCCCCCGAGGAUCGACGGUCGGACAAUAGAUUACAAGAGCCUUCUUCCGCAACUUGGAGAUGACCCACCAAUACCGUUUUCAUACAUGAACGAGAAGGUUCAAAUCGAGCAGCAGCUGCAGUGUCACAGCACCCAUACCACCCCGGAGAGCCACAAUCUGCUACGACAGCAUUUCCACGAAUCAAUCCACAUCCGCGAGACGAUCAAAGGCCCACGCUACUGUCCGUCAUUAGAAAGCAAAAUCAUCCGCUUCGAGAAAAGGCAAAAUCACAUGAUCUGGCUAGAACCCGAAGGCAUAGACGACCACGUCGUAUACCCAAACGGCAUCUCCAUGACCGUUCCUGCAGAAGUCCAGGAACGCCUCCUGAAGACCAUCCCAGGCCUCGAAGAAGCCAAAAUGCUACAGCCCGGAUACGGUGUAGAAUAUGACUACAUCGACCCACGCUCCCUCCGGGCAACACUCGAGACCAAGAUUGUCAAAGGCCUUUUCCUAGCCGGACAAAUCAAUGGAACAACCGGUUAUGAGGAAGCCGCUGCCCAGGGCGUCGUCGCAGGGAUCAACGCCGGCCUCUCCUCACAGGGAAAGCCCCAAAUGACCAUUUCUAGAAGCGACGCUUACAUCGGCAUCAUGAUCGAUGACCUGAUCACAAAGGGGGUAUCAGAACCCUACCGAAUGUUCACUUCCCGCAGCGAAUUCCGCAUGAGCUCCCGCGCCGACAACGCCGAUCUCCGCCUCACCCAAGCCGGCCGCGACCAUGGCGUAGUCGGCGACGCGCGAUGGGCACACUUCCAAACAGAGUUUUCCUUGAUGGAGGACUUCCGCUCCGCACUGUCUAACAUCACUCAGAGCAGCUCCGAGUGGCGGAAGCGAGGCUUGGUGGUCAGAGAGGACUCGGCGCGCAGGAAUGCUUUCCACCUACUCAGACUUUCAAACAUGACGAUAGGCAAACUGGCGGAGAUGGGUGUCGUGGGGGGCCUGGAUCGCUGGCCGGAGAGGAUCCGUACUAGGGUCGGCAUCGAGGGGGUGUAUGAGCCUUACGUCACGAGACAGGCCAACGCUGUCAAGAUGUUUGAGAAGGACGAAGGGUUGAAGCUGCCGGCUGAUAUCGACUAUGAUCGAGUCCUGGGCCUUUCAUACGAAGAAAGAGUCGUUCUAAAGCGAGUCCGGCCGGAGUCUAUCGGACAGGCGAGACGUGUUGAGGGCGUACGUUACCUCUCCUGCAAUAUCAUGGAUCUGUCAAUCUUGAAACUAACGUUUGCGGGGGAUCUUCUAGAUGACACCAACAGGCUGCAUCCGCCUCCUCUCACACAUUGA